CACGCAAAUAUGUGACUGCAAACUUUCAUGUUCUCUUGCAUCCGAUUCCCAUCUUAUCGAUUCCAUCCAUUCUCUUUUCGUUCCCUCACUCGCACCAUGGCCACUCAAUCCCCAGUAUUAAAAAAGCAGAAAACAGACCAUCAAAAGGUUAUUGGCACCCAUAACGGCACCUUUCACUGCGACGAGGCUCUAGCCGUCUUUCUCCUUCGCCAGACCACAGCAUACCAGGGUGCUGAACUAAAACGCACUCGCGAUCCAGCCAUCUUGGACUCGUGCGACAUCGUCGUCGACGUCGGCGCCAUCUACGACGAAGCCAAACAGCGCUUCGACCACCACCAGCGCGGCUUCACCGAAGUCUUUGGUCAUGGCUUCACCACCAAGCUCAGCUCAGCCGGCCUCGUCUUCAAGCAUUUCGGCAAAGAGGUCAUCUCGAAUCGCACGCAGGUCCCUUUGGACGAUCCCAAAAUCCAGACACUAUGGCUCAAGAUGUACGAGGAAUUCAUAGAAGCCAUCGACGGCGGCGACAACGGCAUCCCUCGCUACCCAGAAGACAUAAAACCCGCCUACAAAAGCGGUGGGACCAGCCUCCCCAGCCGUGUAGCAGCCCUCAACCCCCCUUGGAACCAGCCCGUCGACUCCCAGGGCAUGGACGACAGAUUCGCCAAAGCCUCAUCCCUAACCGGAGAAGAGUUUUUCGCCAAACUCGAUUUCUACGCCAACGCUUGGUUGCCCGCCAGGGAUAUACUCGUCGAUGCGCUAGCGAACAGCAAAAAGGUCGCUGAUUCCACGGGGAAGAUCAUCUUGUUGGAGCAAUUCUUGCCAUGGAAGUCACAUCUGUUCGAGCUUGAAAGCGAAUCCCAAACGGAGGGUCAAGCCAUAUACGUCGUUUACCCCGACGAGAUGGCAAAAGCUUGGCGAAUACAGGCCGUCCCUGUUGCACAGGAGAGCUUCGAAAGCCGAAAGCCCCUUCCGGACCAGUGGCGCGGCCUGAGAGAUGAUGAAUUAACAAACGUGAGCGGCGUUCAAGGCGGUAUCUUUGUACAUGCCAGCGGUUUCAUCGGAGGUAACCAAACAAAAGAAGGAGCACUGAAACUUGCUCAGCUUGCUUUGACUAUGUAAUAGAUACAGAUAGAUACAAAAUAAAAUGA